AUGAAAUGCUGGUCAAUUUUAUUAUCAAUAUUUUUAACCGGAAUUCUAGUCGAAGCGUCAAUAUUUUCGAGUUCCCUUAAAAAGCUCAAAGAAAAAGCAAAAUCCAUAUAUAAGAAAAACUUUGGUAAAGACAAAACUUGGCAGUAUACUGGAACAGAUCCUACUGAAUAUCCGGGUCUAAAUCAUGAAUAUAGAAAAAUACAAAAGGCAAAAUGGGAGAAAUAUUAUGAAUGCCUAAUAGUGCAAAACAAAUCAUUAGAUGGAAAGAUAUCAGCAACACCUGAAGCCAUUUUGGGAUAUGAAGGAAGUUCAGUAAAACUGAUUUGUAAGAUAUGCUUAAGUCCAAUAGACCAGGAAAGAGGCAACACCAUCGUAUGGGAAUGGGCAGCCGAGGGUCAAAAGCAUAUGGAGCAGGUGGACUUAAACGAUAACAUUCUAAUAUCGCCACACGAUAAAACGUUGAUGCUGUACAACUUGCAAAAGGACCAAACCGGACAAUACAAAUGUAAACUCGGGGAAACGCUGACUCUGCCCUACUUUUUAACCGUGGGAGAAAUUAUAGAGGAUAACUUUAUUAAGAUUGAAUGCCCAAAAGCGGUCCUUUUUGAAGUAAAAGACAAAAAUGGUAACAUUAUUGAAGUUGCAAACAAUUCCGCUGGAGUGUACUCAAUGUUUCAAGGUGAUCCUCCAAUAGAGCCUGAAGUGCAGAGACGUUUACAAUACGGAGUUAAAGGAAAACUAGUAGAAAUAACAUGCCCAGGAAGCAUGAAUAAUGAUGCUCCAAUACAGUGGCAAAUCGGAGGUCUUAACGUAAUACCGGAACUUAUAGAGCAAGAAUCGAAAGGUAGAAUGUUUGUCAGUAUAUCUGACAGGAUACAUAUAAAAAAGGCGCUUAUACACGAUAGUAAAUACUAUAGGUAA